AUGAAGAUCCUCAGCCUCUUAGCAUAAUCAGAGUCCAAGCCAUAAAAAUUCAGCCAAUACUGCUCACAAAGUGUAGGAAAACAUCAUUUUACAUAGAAAUUCACCAAUUUUGGUGAAAAUUGCCAUAAUUCAAUCGAAAAUAAUGACUUAAUGUUCACUAAAUAGGUGGGAACUCUAUUUAUCUUGAUGACGGAGAAGUAUGAAUGUGGUGCCUAGAAAUCAGUCAAAGAACAGAAAUAUCCCACCAAUUAAAAUCAAGAAUUUGCAUUUGAGUUGCCAUUCAACUCCUAUAGAUUAACUGCUUAAAAAGAUGUUUGUGGCAUAAUGAUUUAUUCUGUGGGAGAAUUUAAAGCCAAAAGGCAUUAAAUUUUCACCAGGAUGUAAAAAGGUUGCCUAAGUCUUUUCUUACUGAGGUUUUGGGAAAAGAACUCAGGGCCUCUUCAUGGUUGA